AUGAGUUUAAACUAAACAGGUGUGUAGGUACCUGAGUGCAUUAUUUGCUAAGAUAUAUUUUAUUAGCCUGUGACUUUACCAUGUGGACAUUCAUAUUGCAGACCUUGCAUAAAAGAAAGUCUCAUAAAUAAACCCCUUUGCCCAGUAUGUAGAAAUCCUAUGAUUGGAAACCCAGAUAACCUCUCUAUUAACUUUACUUUACAAAAUAUAAUUGAGCACCACCACUCUGAAUUAUAUCAGCAAAAGGUAAAUUCUAUAAAGAAAAAGGUCAAUUUAGGAUAAUAGUAAAAUUCUGGAUUAAAUAAUGUAAAUUUAGAAGGUAAUAAUCAAUAAAAAUAGGAGUAGAAGUUAGAAAAUAUUCUGCUUCUUUAGGAAUUUAAAAUGAAAUACUUAUUUCCAUGCACUACUGUUGAUGUAAAUUUAAAAUACAUUCAUCAACUCUAACAACUCUUAGUUUAAUGCUCUGAUAAAAGAGUGAUUAUAUUAUUUGCAAAAAAUGACGAAUAAGUUGCUGCUUAUUGCUAAAUUAUUUAAAUAUACAAUCCUGACUAGAUAAAUAAUCAAAAAAGCCCUAGUUCUAUAAAAUGUUAAGUGAAAGUCUUGUCUAAAGCUAGUAUCUUAGAUGUAAAAGAGGUAAAAAUUAAUUACAGUGAAGCAACUAACUUGUAAUAAGAUCAAGCACAAUCUUUAGAGUAAUAGAACUAGAAUAAUUAAACAAAUAACUAAAAUGAAUCAACAUAAAGUGGAACUCACUAAAAUCAAAGAAUAUUUGAAGAUGGAUAUACUUUUAAAGUGGCUAAUGCCAAAGUUAUAGAAGAUUAAACAAUUCCUUAAGAUUAACAAGUAGGCUUGGAAGAACAUGCAGAAUUCGUUAUUUAAAUUAUCAAUGAAAUAGUUUAAAAUAAUGGAGGACUUAAUAUGACAACUUAUUAACUUUAAGCUUUUCUGUAAUAAUAAAACUUUUUGCCAUUUUUACAGCAUGGAUACAUAGAUAGCGUUAGUAAGAUCAAUGAAUUUUGUUGGAUAAUCUGUGAGAUAUUUAAUUUUAAUAUUUCGGAAAAAUAACGCUUGUGGGAUGCUGAAUCAAUAAUUGAGAGAUUAGCCCUUAUUAAACAAUUUAUUAAAAAAUUUGAGAAAAUUUACAACAUUACUUCAGUAUUUAGCAUUGAGGCUCCAGGUCAUUCAGAGCAUUUAACGUGGAUUAUUUUUGGAAUUAUUGCUUUAGUUGUAAUAGCUAAACUGAGUAAAGAAUAUUUUGGUAUCUAAUUCAUAAAUCAUAUUUGA